AAAUGUUAGCUGGCGAAAUGCAGUGCGAAGAUACGUGUUAAAGGUGCAUCUUAUGUGGGGAGAUCGAGUUCAAGCAGUAGCCAGCCAAGGGAGAAGCCUACCUGUUGACCUGUUGAUUAGACAACCGGCUUAACGCGUAACAUUCUCUCCUGUUAACUUACACAUACGCCGGCCUACUUUAUUUCGCAAAGAUGAACGCUGAAGAAAUAAUCCAGGAAGUUCUACAGGGGCACCUUACGUCAUCAAAAUGGCCGACGCCGAGACUGGUGAAAAUUUUCAUAGCUUCUACGAGAACUGAUUUCGCAGAGGAACGCCGACACUUGCUGGAGAUAGUGGGGCCCGAAUUGCAGAGCCAGUACGACCACCUGGACCUUGAGGUGGAAAUGGUGGACAUGCACUAUGGCACCGAAGCUGACCCUUCCUACGAUGCUCUGCUGUUUGAGGACCAUCUUCACGAGAUUAGGGAGUGCCACCGAGUAUCGAGGGGAUGCUUCUUCCUGUGUUUAGUUGGGAACAAGUACCUACCCUGCCCUCUACCGGAGGAAUUAGAGCUGGAACAGUACGAAGCUAUCUACUCAACAGCACGUGACCUCGGUCUGAAAGCUGAUUUGCUAGAUGCGUGGUACAGUCGGGAUGAUACCAACUACGUUUUGCGACAGCCAAGUGACGUGCAGACAGAGGAAUGGAGAACCCAGUGUCAGGAACUACAAGAGGUGAUCCAAGAAGCCUCAAGAAAGCUCUCAGCCGGCGAGACACGUGCAGUUCCUACUAAGUUUCGUCAUUUUACUUAUUCCGCAGUGGAGAGGCAGUUCAACCAUGCCCUCGGUCUGGCGCCUGGAACUGCCCACCACAUCCUGGCGAUGAUCAGGGACUGGGAGAAGCUGGAGGAAGGUCAGCCCUGUUUCCAAGAUGUUGACCUUGAAGGGCUUCCGCACAAACGCUACCGGGAGCAGCUCAAGAACUUCAGGGACCGCCUUGCUGCAGCCCUGCCCAAUGAGAACCGCGCCUACCUGGCUGUGCCAUGGAAGCCCGGGGGGCUGAACACAGAGUGUGAGGAACACGAGGCAUAUCUAAGCAAGUUCCGGGAAGUCGUGUCGGCAAAGUUACAGACGCUUAUCAACCGAAGCCUGGAAGAAGAACCGGAAAUUAAAGCCCGAAACAAAACAGUGCAGGAGGUGUUCCAAGAGACACUGAGUCACUUAGCACUGUGCCAGCAACACAUGAACAGUGAAGAAGCUGUCGACUGGACUGGCAGCGAGAUACUUGACAGAAUCAAGAAUCUCAUCGUAAUCAGUUAUGAGACUGCUGGUCCUGGAACUCGCCACGGACCUUUGCUGAUCCACGGAUCUCACGGUACGGGCAAGUCCUCGCUCCUUGGUGCUGUCUACUCCAACUGUGAAGCAUGGUUUGGGCGACGUCUGCUACGAAUCGUCCGAUUCUCCGGAGCUACUCCACGCUCCGCAUAUAACCUAGAGCUACUUCGUAUCAUAUGUCAACAACUCUGCCUCCUUCUCCAUAUUUCCGACGGAUUUUUGCCUAAAGACGCAUCGUUCGAUCCUCUGUAUGUUAAUAAUUGGUUUCAAACGCUAAUACGGAGGUUUGAAGAGUCUGCCACGAAUGAAUUACUCGUUAUUCUCAUUGACGACCUCCACCGCUUGAAUCCAUUGGACUCGGACAUAGUCGCGGCGCUGUCGUGGCUACCAAUCAGUCUUCCCCGGAACGUGCACAUUGUUGGCACCACUGCAUUGCCUCCAGAAUCACUGAAACUGACACCUGUACAAAGAGAGAGGUUCCGAAAUCCUGACUGUUACAUCGAGCUUCUUCCAAACCCCGGGACCGCGACCCUGGAGCCCAGAGUCGAUUCGGCAUUGGACAACCUUGAAGACCUCUUCGGGCGCGUGGCCGUGGCGCGACUGGCGAGUUUUCUCACGUGCUCGGAGUUCGGUCUGUCCGAGACAGAACUACUGGAGCUGCUCAUGCCCACAUCCAACAGCGCCGCCACUCUCAAACUCUCCAGCGGCAACUACAACUUUUCAACGCUUUGCGCCGUGCGGCGGAGGAUGAAGCCUCUGAUUCGUGAGAAGCUGAUGAGUGGAAAGAUUCUGGUGUGCUGGAGACAUGACCUAACAUCAGAGGUGGCUCGUAGGAGAUACCUGCAGAAUCAGGAUUCUCUGCGAUCAGCUCAUGGAGAAAUUGCAAACCUCUUCUUUAGUGAAUUUUCACAACAGGGUAGUGAUGCAGAAACAGAAGAGGCAGAUCCAACACCAGUUGAGAGCAAGGAAACUCCUUUUCAAACUACACUACAGUUAGAUGAUGUCACAUACAGUUUGCGACAUGUAGAGGAGUCAUGGAUUCAUCUACUCAAAGCUGGUGACAGCAAUCGACUGAAGCAGCUGACAGUGUGCAACUUUGACUUUCUGCUCGCGGCAGUACAGACUAUAUCUGUCAGCUACCUACGAUGUGUGCUGGAACAUGUGCGGUGUUAUCUACUGGAUAGAGAUCUGGAACUUGUAUAUUACACCAUCAGAAAGUCUAGUGAUGUCCUAACACGUGAUCCCUUACAGCUUGGGGCACAAGUCAUCUGUUGGCUAAGACCUGUUGCAGAUGCCAGUGGGGAUCUUGUGAGCCACAUGAUAAUAUGUGCCAUGGCAUGGUGUGAUGGCUACACUGCACCUCUGCUGGUGCCACUAAAUGGUUGGCUUCAGCCACCACUGCCACUUCAGAUAAAAAGUCUACAUUGCCCAGCUGGAGUGAAGCUCAUUGAGCCAACUCCAUCUGGACAACAUGUAGUGGUGGUCCCUCAAACAGGAGAUCCACAGCUGUGGCAUGUUAUGUCAAAUUCUCUCACUCACACAUUCAAAGGUCAUAGUGGACCAGUUCUCUGCUUAGCAAUUACAAAGCAGUCACAGUACCUUCUUACUGGCUCAGAUGAUAUUUCAAUAAUUGUCUGGGAUCUCAAAUCGCUCAAUCUUAAACUCAGAAUAUAUGAACACAUAGCUCCUGUCCUCAGCCUGACCCCUGCACUGAACAAUUCUGUCAUUGUGAGUGGUGGAGAGGAUUCACGAAUCAUCAUAACCUCACUAUUGACCGGAGAUGUUGUGAUGAAAAUAGACCAUCACAGGGGUCCUGUCGUGUCAGUGAAGGUCAACACUGCGGGGGAUGUACUCGUCUCGGGAUCAUCUGACUCAACAAUCUGCUUGUGGUCAUUGGAAAACUUCAAUUUACUAAACACAAUCAGCUUGCCGUUUCCAGUCACCAUGCUCGAUGUAUCCAGUGAUUCUGUGUUCCUGUUGGCAGCCUGCGAAGACAAUCAACUUUACCUGCGUUCACUGGCUACAGGAACAGAAAUUCACAGCCUGCGGGGGCACAAAGCAGAGAUUAGGUCUUUGUGUCUUGCUCAAGACAGCUGCAGAGCUGUGGUUGGUGGAGCUGAUGGCAAGAUAUACAUUUUUGACAUGCACAGUGGGAGACUGAGUCGAACACUGACAAGUCAUGCCACUGAUGUCACAGGGGUUAAAGUGACUGACAAAGAUGACUUUCUGCUUACCGCUGGUGGAAAUCGCAUCACAUUCUGGAGUUUCCAUCGUGAGGAUGCAAUAGGACCAACAAGCGGCAGCAUUAGUCCUGUGAGCAGCAGUCGAAAGACAUCACAGCAGUCUCAGCAGAGUCACACAGCACCUAUUACAUGCUUGGAUAUAUCUCGGGAUGGCCUAAUGGCAGUUACAGGAUCAGUGGACAGUCUGGUAAACAUUUGGCAGCUCAACACUCAUGAAUUACACUCAACAUUAGAAGGACACGUUGCUUCCAUUACAUGCGUGGCAUUCUCUUCAAAUGGACUCUUUGCAGUCUCAGGAUCUGAAGACAAGACUGCCAGAGUAUGGGGCCUAACUUUGGGUCUCGUGGUUUCAGUAUUCAAAGGUCAUCAAGCCACAGUGACAGCUGUGGCUGUCAUGUUAGACAGUCGUCGUGUUGUGUCCAGUGACCGACAGGGAGUGCUGGCAGUAUGGUUAGCAGACAAUGCUACAUUGUUGCACUCUUGUAUUGGUCCAGGAAUGUGUCUUGCAAUAACCAACAACAUGAAGUAUGCAGUCUGUGGUAGUGGUGAUAACAGUUUGCGAAUUUGGUCAGUGAAUCGUGAAGAUGAGAAGUAUACAGUCUCUCACAGUGAAGAAGUGACAUGCUUUGUAUUAACAAUGGACUCACUUCAUGUAAUCACAGGUUCACGAGACAUGUCUCUUAAGGUGUGGCAGGUAGCAGGAGGGAAGCUGGCACAGGUGUUGGUCGGUCACUCUGACCAUGUGACAUGUGUGGCUGUCUCCAUCCUAAACAAGUCACUGGUAGUAUCAGGAUCUCGUGAUGCAAAUCUAAUUGUAUGGGACAUUAACACUGGCAAUGAUAUCCAUGUACUUACUGGUCACCUUGGCUAUGUCACAUGCGUUAAAGUCACAGGAGAUGGUAGUUUGGCCGUAUCAGGUUCUGAAGACAAGAGUAUUAUAGUAUGGGACACAAAACGAGGGCGUGCCAUUUCCUGUCUUCAGCUACAUAUUCCAAUCCUCAAUUUGGAAAUGUCAACAGAUGCCUCACGUAUUGCUGUGCACCUCCUGGAAAACCGCUGCCUGCCCAUUGUCUGUCUUCACAAUACUCCUGCUACCUAUGUCAAAAUGCCCACCUAUGUAGCCCCUGCUAAGGAAAUAGAAGAUCUCAGACCAUCUGUCCCAAAAAGACCAAUGAAACGCUUGCUGAAAAAGGAGGUUUCCUUGGAUACAUAUACAUGGCAGAAAAAGUAUGGUCACUUGACAUCGUCAAUCAUGAUGGCUGCUGUGGAUGAACGCCUCAAACGGAGGUUUUCUGUCUCAGCAAGCAUGGAAGAGAUCUCGAAAAUACCAACAAAAGGCAACAUGGGCUCACAGGGGAUUGGACCAGAGCAGGCAGCAUUGGCUCAGUCACAACACUUUGAUCAGCUGGAGGCAUUGUGGAAUAAACGUUCUCCUCCACGUCGGCGUCACAAUCAGUCACUGUCUAAGCAGAACUCACGGACAAGUCGUCGUGAUUCUUCAGACACAGGAGAUGAUCGCACCCCAGGAGAGGAGAUUGUAGAUCUCCCAGGUGAUAGAAUGUGCGUGUGAUAGGUGUUCUUCUCACCAUGGCCAAAUCUUCAUAUCUGCCAAACAUUCUUCUCAGUGCAAUAAUACUCGUACGUGGCUUGUACCUCUUAGGAUAUUCACUUCAUGCUAUCAAAUGUCCCUAUUUUCUCUAAGUGAACUUAAUAAGCUGAGCUUGUUUCCAUGGCAAACAUUGUAUAAUACUCAUGUUUCAGUGAGGGGGAAUGACUUUCAGUCGCUCAGUGAUAAUGUUCCAAGACCAUUUAUAGCUUUAAGAUUUCACCUGUUACAGAAAAAUCUUGAAAAUGAACUAUUUUAAAAUGUGUAAAUGACCUAAAUAACUUCACAGAUAUGAAAGUAAAGAAUUAAGAAAACUAAA